GAAAAUGAUAGUAAAAACAUUGCAAUUUAUUUACAAAUUUCUUUUUAUACGAUAUUAUAUUUGAUAUCUUAUUACAUUAGAUUCAAUCCAUCUAACCCGCUGGAAGUGUCGUCGUCGGUUAAAGGGCAGGGGAGAAGGGAGAGCAGGCAAACACGAAAGAUGCAUUCCUUCGGUUACAGAGCCAAUGCUCUCCUAACUUUUUCUCUCACGAUUCUGGCUCUCAUGUGCGCCAUGGCAUCUCUUUCGGACAAUCUCAACUCUCCUUCCCCCACUGCAAGUGUUAAGGUCUUGAAUAUCAAUCGGUUUCAGAAGAAAUCAACUGGGGAUGACGAGGUUGGGAUUACACUAGAUAUAUCUGCAGACCUACAGUCAUUGUUUACAUGGAACACAAAGCAAGUUUUUGUAUUUCUAGCUGCUGAAUACAGUACUCCAAAGAACAUCCUUAAUCAGGUUUCAUUGUGGGAUGGUAUCAUACCAGCACAAGAUGGUGCAAAAUUUUCUAUAAAAACCAAGAACAAGUACAGGUUCAUUGAUCAGGGAAGCAAUCUUCGUGGGAGAGAUUUUAACUUGACAUUACACUGGCAUGUGAUGCCCAAAACUGGGAAGAUGUUUGCUGACAAAUUAGUCCUGCCCGGAUUUCGCCUGCCCGAGUCAUACAGAUGACCAGAUUUGAUAAUUCAUAAUUGCUGUUUUUUCUUGGUUUAAAUGAGAACUAGAGAUAAUUUUCUGUUUUCAUAUUUGUUAGAUUUGAAAUUAUAGUUUGGUUUAAACUUUAAACUUAGAUGUUUCAAUACUGUUUUAUCUUUUGGUUUUUAUUGUUUGUUGCUUGAAAGUUGAAAGCUAGUUUGAGAAUUAACCAUGGAGAGAGAGGGCUGAGGGCAUCAACUAUUUUGUUUUCAACCCCUUUUUUUUUAUAAAAGAUUUCACAUUCAUAUCCAUCA